AUGGCAAAGAAUCGAACAACGUCUUCUUUCUUGCUCUCGGUGUCUGCCGCUUUUGUGGCGGGCUGGCUCUUGCUGGUGACGAAUGGAGAUGUCUUUGUGAGCCCAGUGCCGACAUCGGGUGUCCGGGCAACAGUUCCUUCGUGGCAGGCCAAGCAGGUGGCCACCUUUGGCACCGCCACCGGCUCCAACACGUCGGUUGCUCCAGAUCAGAGGCUUUUCAAGACCGCGGCUGCGGCGGCUCUUCUUUGUUUGGCUGCUGCACGCUUGACGAAAGGAAGGUUCCAGAAGCCUUCAGUGGCCCGCCGAGCAGUGGUCACACUCAAAGCUACAACCGAGAAGAACCCGGUCUACCUGCAAUACGAGGAGCCUGCGGCACCCAUCUUCACGGAAACCCAUGUGGUUCAGGAAGCUCAAAGCCUUCCCAUGCUUCCGGAGUUGAUCUCGUUGAACGAGUCGCCGUCCCUCGCAGUUCCGAACUGCGCAGACUCUCAAACUGUCACUGCAGCAGCAGCGGCAGUUGCACCCGCAACAACCACGACAUCGGCCGCCUGCCUUUGCGGCAACCUUGCCUCGGCAAGAUUUGCGGCAGGCACUCGCCGCGCACAGCACCGUCGCCGGCAGUCUCGGCGUGCUUCCAAAGCCAGCCGCCGUGCAGUCGGUCGUCACCUUUGCGAGCGAGUGGUGUCAGUGAGUUCGCCGCCUUGCUUCGAUGCCAGCAAGACCCGCACCAAGAUCCAGCUGGGGCUCCGUGUGUCGUCCUGCAUGCGCUCUGAGUCGGGCCGUGAGUCGAAGCUGUCCUCGGGUGUCGAAGGGUCACCAAGUGCCCUGUUCAGGAACCCUCAAGAAAGCGACGAAUGUGCAUCUGCGGAGGGGCUUCGUGCCAAAGACCCGGAUGCACUCAAGGAGGCAGUUCAGGUGCAGAUGCCCGUUCGCAGUUUCAGGUCCAGCGAGCGACUUGGGCUGUUGUCUGUGCUCUUGCAGGCUCUCUUCCAGUCCCAGGAUGCCUUGCAAAGCUUAAGUAUCUCUGAAGAGGAGAUUCGACAGGAGGUCGUCCGCUUGGCCGGCGACGUGCGAGCCGAGCUGCCGCUAAAGAGACCCACAAGGAUGUCAUUCCACGGCAUCCAGCUUUACUUGCUGAUCUGCAGGUCAUCCCACGCGAGACGACAGUAUGCGAUCCUUGAGCUUCCUGUUCUCGAAGCGGAGCGGCGCACCGUGGCCUUUCUGCUGUCCACUUCCACGAGUCAGCACUGCGUCCUGCUUCGGGCAAUGGCGCAGGAUGUUCACAGCUGGCUGCUGUGGCAGUCGCAGGCCUUCGCCAAGCAGGCACCGAAGCUGCCGGCCCAGAGGGAGCACCGGCCAAAGGAGGAGAUCCGAAAGCGGCUCCGAUCUCACAAAGCCAAGGCCUCCAGGCUUUGGCCGCUGGAGGAGCCUAAGGCUUUGGAGAACUGCAAGGAGGUGAGCCGAACCCCUGGGGAAGGCAGUCCGUCUCCACCCCCACGGGUGGGGCUCUUCACCGACGGAGAGGCAGUUUGGAUGGCGCACUCGCUGUUGGUGGCUGCCUUCGCUGUAUGCCUGCUGGUGUACUGGAGCUCCUUGGAGCAUACGCCAGCUUCGCAAGUUGCAUCACGAAACGGUCAGCUGGCUGGCUACUUGCUGUACUGGAGGCAUGUCCUGAUCCACCAGCUAAGCCUUGACUGGACAAAAUUGGUUGGCUGCAUUACCAGUGUAAUCGCCCUUCGCCCUUCGAACCAAAGCUCCGCUGGGCCGACCGAGAAAUGCGUGGAGCGCCAUCAGACAGGGUGUACGAGGGCUGAAGAGUUUCACCCAGGGAUGCGCCACAGCGACGCUCGUGGCAGGGACACCUUCACAAAAGGUCUGCUGACUGGGUUUUUUUUGAGCCUCAUGGUGGAUGCUGGGCGGAAGCUCGCUCUGCCGGCCGCACGGGCCCUCUGUGCAAAGUCGCUUUCCAGUCAGUGGUCGGAGCGCACCCACACCAAGGUUUCUGACGCAGAUGGUGCUGACGAGUUGGAAGCCUGGCUGUGCGAAUCGCAGUCUUCAUUGCUGAGCUGUCACACAGUCGAUGCAGCUGGGCGACAACUCGGUGAUCAAGCCUUCAGCAGGUUUGUAGCAUCAUUGCUUAGUGCAUCAGUUCAGUUUGCCAGAUCGUCGGCGAAUCUGGCACCUGUCGGAUGUGGAAUUCAAUACAUGGAUUUGUCGGGCAACUGCUUGACAGAUACAGCUGCGGUGGCGUUGGCAGAGUGCUUGACCUGGAUGCGAGAGAGUCUCGGAGGGCAUGUGCUGAGGUCCCUUCGGCUGUCCUCCAACAACAUUGGCCCUGCCGGCGCACAGGCACUGGCGCUGGGCUUCUUCCCGCAGGACGCUUCGGAUGCAAGUUCACCGUUCCGGCUUGCAUUGUCGGAGAACCCGCUGGGCGACGAGGGUGUGACGCUCGUGGCAGAUGCGGUUCGAAGACGACGAUCUGCAGCAGUCUUGGAGCUGAGAAGUGUGGGCUGUGGCGUGUCCGGCUGCGGAUCUUUGAUUGAGAGCCUUGAGUGGCUGCGGGGCUUGGACCUUUGCCAGAACUCGAUUCCUGAUGCUGAGCUUGGGAAUUUGGCAGCAAGACUCCCAGAGUCUCAUGAUUUCCGACUCCCACCUCUCAACACAGAUGCCGUGAAUCCACGACCACGGCAAAGCGGAUGCGCUGACGAAGGCAUGAAGCAAGUCUGCGCGACAGCGGUGAUGCCCAAAGAGGCGCCACGGUCGACGGGUGCCCUGCGAUCACACGGAGUGUCGCGUGCAGAUGCCGUGCUUCAGCGUGCUCGCAAAGCUCUGGGCAGUCCUUGCCCGUCUGCAGCUUCCAGGCCCUUGGCGGUCUCCUGCGACCGUGGUGGGGCUGCUGGCGCAGACUGUGCCGGAGCGCGUGCCAGCUACGGCGCAUCUGCUGCAUCUCCAGGGCAAGUUUUCGAAGGCAGUCAGAGGUCGAGGCUGUCAUCGAAGACUUCUACGACGGCACAGGCGGUAUUGGACCGUGCUCGAAGUGUGCUGCAGAGGAAGCCGGGAAGUGGAGGUGAGCAGAACGCGCUGCUCGUCGCUCCGCCCCAGCUCAUGGCAAUGGCGAGCUCGGGAAGCCCGAGCCAAGGCCCGGCGCGCCCUGAGCCGCCCUUGGCAAGGAGAGGGAGAGACCCCCAAGCUUCGCAGCCAGAGGAAGCAGCUGCUGCCCUUUCUCUUUCCUCCGGCUCCGGUCCCUCGAGCAGGGAAGAGGCUAUGUCAUAUGAGCGUGCUGCGGCGGGCGUCUCGCACCUUCAGAAGGCUCUUCGACACCUGGAAGGCGGCUUGGGAAUGGAGCAGCGGCAACCAGACGAACCAGUUCUGCGUCCUUGCCUCGAUCUCACUGAGCCGGAUGCGGAAGCACUGGCGAUGCCGGAACGGAUGGUGCGGAUAGAGCGCGAAGUGGCAGAGAUGCAGGAGAACAUGCAACGAAUGGAACACACCGUAGCAUCAUUACAGGGUGAGCCGGAGCGGGAGGACGAGAUCCGUGAAGAUCCGGCAUCAAGCGAGGUUUCCGAAACAGAUGCCCUGGUCUCCGAGAGCACUGAGAUGACCUCAACGAUCACGACAGAGAAUCCAGUGACGGACCUGUCAGGUUCUGUGAACCCUGCCGGUCAGGACACGGACUUGCCACAGGACAGCCCGCCCGUGCCCACCAAGAAAGGUGGCCCGCCUCCGCCACCAAAAGGAAAGGGCAAGGGCAAGCUUGGAAAGGGUCCUCCACCUCCUGUUCCUAAAGCAGACGCACAGGCAGGGGACCAAGCCGGACCCCUGCCUCCGCCUGCCAAGGGCAAGUCUGCAGGAAAGGGCAAGGGCCCAAAAGGUGGCAAGGGAGGCCCCGGUGCUCCCCCGAAAGGCCCACCUCCCAAAGGCACAGGGCCGGCGAAGGCCCCUGGCAAGGAUCCGGUUCCGAAGGCGGAGACCAAGGCUCCCUUUCUCAAGAAGCUGUACUGGAAGCAGGUGGACAUUCAAGAUGCAGAAGGGACGAUCUUCAGCGAGGAGACGCGAAGCAGGUCAAACACCUGCUCAGCUGCGAUUGAUUUCACAGCCUUGACUCGCAUGUUGGAGGCAGAACAGGCCAAGGGCUCCCAGCUGCAACGGCGGUCCUCCGGUGUCCUCAGCAAGGCUCAGCAGCGCAACAUCGGGACCAAGGUGUUGAGCGAUCACCGAGCACGAAACAUUGCCAUCGUUCUGAAACGCCUGCCUCUCUCCACCAAAGAUUUGGUCUUGGUCCUGAAGAAGCUGGAGUGGGAGAACGAGAGGAUCGGGACAGAUGAUUUGGAGCAGAUUCUGGAGGUCAUUCCUACGCAGGAGGAGGCCAAGCAUCUACGGGAACACAGCUCAGAGGAGGACUGCAGGAAGCUGCGGGAUGUGGAGCAGUUGGUGAUGCCACUUGCCUUACUGACCCGGGCUUCGGCUAGGGUCCGAGUUCUUUGCGUGGCUCGAAAUGCACGCGUGCAGUUCAAGUCCACGGCUCGGGCUCUGGCCAAGAUUCGAGCUGCGUGUUCUGCAAUCCAGAAGUCUGGCAUGCUGCGGAGUGUCACCAUGCUGGCGCUGCAGCUGGGCAACUACAUCAACCAUGGGGACUCAAAGAAAGGUGCGAAAGCCAUCGCGAUAAGCUCGCUCAUGGCCCUCAAAGACUUCAAAGUUGGAGAGAUUUCGUCCCUGCACUUCCUUUGUGCCUCCCUCCUGCGCUCCAAUCCAAAGCUUGAUGCUGCACAAGCUCUCUUGAGAGAGCUUCAGCCGGCGGAGAGGAUCGCCAAGAUGCAGGUUCAGGGCCUUUCAGCAGCCUUGCGCACUUUCGCUCGAGACCUCGACACCGUCAAAGCUGAAUGCCAGAACCACCUCCAAGAGUACGAAGGUGAAGAAGGGCAAUCUGCAGAGGAUGAAGAUGCCAAGGAGCUUGGGGAUGCACUGGACGAGGUCCACGCGAUGGCGACUGCAGCAACCGAGAUCGUCGAGUUCAGUCCGAGCAGCCUGCAGCGGCAGGACGAGGAUGCGACUCGAUGGGUGGAGGACGUGAUGAAGAUUCGAGGUGGUGCGCGGCGACGGCUGCGGUGCAUGAGGAGGAUCGUGGAGAAGCUCCACCAGCUCCUUAAGGUGGAUAUGGAGCGCACGGCAGAAGAGGUGUAUUCUACGCUGCGUUUCUGUGGCGUACUGCUGCAGAAGCCUUCGAACGAGGCCCUGGACAGAGUUGCAGCUGUGACUGUGGCAGCUUCCAACUCCUCGUGUUUGAAUUGCAAGUGUCUGCCGCAGCGACAACCGUUCUCCGUCGAAGAGCUCUCGGCAAGAAAAAUAGCCAGCAUAGCGAGGCGAAGUGGCUUAAUCGACCAGCUCCAUUCAACAACUCAAGCAUCUGACUCACCCACAGCAUAUUUUCAGCAGACUUACCGUCACUGA